AGGAGAGAGCAUGGAGUUGGAAAGGAUUGUCAGUGCAGCCCUCCUUACCUUUGUCCAGACACACCUCCCAGAGGCCGACCUCAGUGGCUUGGAUGAGGUCAUUUUCUCCUAUGUGCUUGGUGUCCUGGAGGACCUGGGACCCUUAGGCCCCUCAGAAGAGAACUUCGAUAUGGAGGCCUUCACUGAGAUGAUGGAGGCCUAUGUGCCUGGCUUUGCUCACAUCCCUAAAGGCACAAUAGGGGACAUGAUGCAGAAGCUGUCAGUACAGCUGAGUGAUGCCAGGAACAAAGAGAACCUAUACCCACAGAGCUCCUAUGUCCAAAGUCAGGUGUCUAUCUCUCCAGAGCCCUUGCAGCAGCCGGAAGAAUGCAAUGAAGAUACCAGGUCUCCUGCUGCAGCUGGGGAUACCCAAAAUGAGGCGGCUGGCAAUGAGGAGGAGCUGCUGCCAGGGGUGGAUGUGCUCCUGGAAGUGUUCCCUACCUGUUCAAUGCAGCAAGCUCAAUGGGUGCUGGCCAAAGCGCGAGGGGACUUGGAAGAAGCUGUGCAGAUAUUGGUAGAGGGCAAGGAAGGGCCUCCAGGCUGGGAUGGCCCCAAUCAGGACCUACCCAGGCGUCUCCGAGGCCCCCAAAAGGAUGAGUUGAAAUCCUUCAUUCUUCAGAAGUACAUGAUGGUGGAUAGCGCGGAGGAUCAGAAGAUUCACCGACCCAUGGUUCCUAAGGAGGCUCCCAAGAAGCUGAUCCGAUACAUCGACAACCAGGUAGUAAGCACUAAAGGGGAGCGAUUCAAAGAUGUUCGGAACCCUGAGGCUGAAGAGAUGAAGGCCACGUACAUCAACCUCAAGCCAGCCAGGAAGUACCGCUUCCACUGAGGCACUUGCCGGACUCUGCCUGAGCCUUCCAGAUCCUAGAGGUCUGCAAGAGCUGACUCCUCCACAGAGGGGCUUCCCUUACCUCUGACCCCCUUCUCUGAAUACCCUACUUCCUGGCUCCAUAGUGUUGACCUACUCUUGGAGCUGCCUCCACAGGCACAGUAAAGUGGCUCAGGGAAGGUGUGA